UUUACAUCUUGAUCUAUGUUUUUUAGGUGAUGGAAGACUAUGAUGACAGGGACAUGCCAGAGUUUCAUAACCUGACGACACUAAUUCUGGAUGAGUGCGAUUUCGCCUAUGACGAGCCCACGCUCUUGGAGUAUUUUCUCCAACACGCUCCCAACUUGGAGAAGCUUACUCUCAAGAACUGCGAGCUUCCGCCGAGCUCUGAAAACAUGGCGGAAAGGGCCAUGCCAAUGGAAAUGUCCAACAUACAUUUGAACCUCAAGUUUGUGGAGAUCAAACACACUGAAAACGACGACGAUGUUUGCCAGAUCAUCGACUAUUUGAUGCGUGUUUCAGUGAACCUCCAAAAAACUGACAUUGUGGUGUUGGAAGGUCUAGAGAAGCCAUGGUAUUAUGCUGCAUUGGCAGCUCAGGGUUGCUACAGAUAGUUCCAACGCCUUGUACUCUAGCAUAUGUUUUCUUGGGUCUUGGCGC